GGCGGUGAGAAAUCGACUCGAAACCAGCCACCCCAGAUGCGAAAAACCCCUACAACAAAUGAGUAAAACAAUUCGGCGACUUUGAACGGCAAAAAACGCGUUUUCGCGGGUUUGACGCGCUAAUUUCGGGGUCGCGUCGGCGAAAAUAACGGUUUUUUAACGUGUGCGGGGCUGAUUAGCGUCAAUUAACGGUCAAAACGGCGAUAAACGUCCAAGUUUGUGAUCAGUGACGUUUUACGUUUGAUCAAGUUGCAGUGAAAGUCGCACAAGCUGAUUGGGCGUAUAAACGUCAAAAAAAAGUCGUACGAACGUCGAAAUUACGUAAAACCUGCACAGAAACCUCGGAAAUCAAAAUAAAAAUCAAAGAUGAGUCUUAGCACGUUAAUUGAGGCUGCAGAAUUCUUGGAACAGCAGGAAAAACAAAAGGAGUUACAGAAAUUAUUGACCACCAAUGUGCAGGUGGGUGCAGACAAGACCCCUGUGGUACACCGUAUAACUGCUGCACCUCAAUUGACAGCAAAAAACAUUAAUUUUAAUCAAAAUGGGCAAACUGUUGUUAUUUCAUCAAAUAUUAACCUACAGGGCCCUCUUAUAGCUCCCAACCUUAUCAAAAAAGAGCAAGACCAACAUGUUUCCAGCACUGUAGUGACCCACCCUCGUCACAGGGUCCUCCACAACUCAUUUGACAUAAUGAACCCUUUGGUGAUCGAUGAGACUCAUGAAAUAAAAAGAAAAAUUCCACCAAUGGCUUUCAGAGCUGGGACCCGUGAAGUUCAUAAUAAGUUGGAAAAACAUAGGCGAGCGCACCUCAAAGAAUGUUUUGAUGUAUUGAAAAAACAAUUACCUCAAAACCAAGACGAGAAAAAAACCUCAAAUUUAAGUAUUUUGCAUCACGCUCUGAGAUACAUACAAUCACUGAAAAGGCGGGAAAGAGAUCUUGAGCACGAAAUAGAGCGACUAGCGCGGGAAAAAAUAUGCAACCAGCAAAGAAUUUUGGUGUUGCGUAAAGAAUUACCGACACCUUUACCACCAGAGAUCGCAAAAUUAAUGCCGGAGUUAAUUGCAGCUAAUACCAGCAAUGAUAUUUUAAAGUCGGAGGGUCCAAGCGUCAUUCAAACCAAUGGGUUGGACAAAAUGAUACCAAUUGUCGCUAAAACUACAACAGCAUCGGUUACAUCAGUGAAGGAGGUAUCAUCAACCCAAUCUGUACAAGCCACUCAGCUGUCGGUUUUACCGGUUAGUUACCCGGUUAACCAGGGUUUGGUACUACAAAAAGUGGCUAUAGUACAAAAGGGGUUAACCGACCUAACCCCUUUGAUGCAAACCCACUUUAUCGCCACCAAUCAACAAAUAAACGGUAAAGUACUACCGGUUACCCAGUACUUGGUUAAACCUGUGGUAGUUGUCAGCACUGCUUCAAGACCAAGUUAG